AUGGCAGCAGCAACAACAUCGACAUUCUCUCUCCGCAAGCUCAUCCAGACAAAGCUUCACCAAGAAGAUGACGACGCUUUCCAAGAGGAGGACAGUGCGUCAUUCUUCAACGAUGACCAGAAGAACCCCAUCAAGCGCCGUCUGACCACAUGGCUGCCCCCACCGGCGCGACGAUCCUCGACGUCUGGCGGCACAGCUCCCGUUUCCGCUCACGGCCGGAGCAACUCAGACCUCCAGCGUGCGCCUUCGCCACUACCCAGCGCCAAUGGCUCAUCACAUCAGCGCAAGCCGUCCGAGGCAUCUAAUGCCUUCAGCAAUGCAGGGGCGCCCUCCAAUUCUAAUCUCAGCUCGGCGUCCGCGCUGGAUUCAGCCCUGGCCAAGCUGGACGCCGCUAAGCGGCAGGACCCUGACAAGAGGACCCUGAAUGACGCGCCCCCAUCAACAACUUCCCAUGCAAGGUCGCGCUCCGAAGCCAGUGCUAAACCGGGCAGCCUGAACUGCCAUGUGAACUACUUUGUGCUUCCUCAAACCAAUGUUUCUUCUGCUGUUCCGGUUGCCGUUCCCGACAAGAAGCAGAACAAGGCUCAACCGACGACAUUCCUGGCCAGUCCUACACAUUCGUCGGUGUUCGACUCCUCUUCAUCACACCGAGGAUCAGCGGACAACUCAGCUGUACCGACCAGGAACAACGACAACAAUUUGGACACAAAGGUUGCAAGCACACCGGACACAACUCUGCCAACUGUGAGCCUUGACCAACCAAGCACCGAGGGCAAACGCGACAUGGAAACCCAGCUUUUGAAGGAUUGGUCGGAUGGCGUCCGCGAGCUCAUUCGCGAGACAGACCAGGCCUUUGAUAGUGUUGGCAAUGACCUUGUUGGCGCUGGGCUCGACAUCAACCCCCUCGUCAAGUCACAAGACCUCUCAUCACGCUCAGAUCCAGAUCUCUCCCUAGCACCGAGGCCGCUGGCUCUAAUGAACAGCAACAAAGGGGAUCACAUCAAAUGCGGACCCAAGGCUGAGGCGCCUCUUGAGAUCACCCCUCGCCGCGGCUCCCGCCGAGACUCGGUGCUCAUGGCUGAGCGCCGCAAGUCGCGAUCAGUUCCACCACCGAUCCAGGUUCGGAAGUCAUCACCCCCACCACCAGGUCAAACAUCAGCGCGACAGCAAGGGUCCUCGGCACCUCGCUCAGCCCGUGAGCCUACCAAAACACCAAAGACUGCCGACAGCACCAAGAGCAGCAGCCAUGGGCAUUUAUUGAAGCCUUCGCUUUCCAUUCGUAAACCUCUAGCGCAGCAUAGCCAGUCACACGCAAACGUCAACGCACCGCAACGUCGGCCAUCCAAGGCGACAAGGUGGGCGCUCCCCGAAAACGUCACCGAGCUACUCACAGGGAGCGUUUUUAAACGACAUGAGAUAGAGGAGAUCUUGACGGAGGAGCAACUUGAGCGAGUUAACAAGGAGCGUGCAGAGGCCCAACGCAAAGCGAGCCUCAGGCCUACGGUCCCUCCAAAGGACACGCAGAUGAACUACAGUGGCCGAAAGCCUCCCAAACCUAAACCGAUCUCCAAAGAUGACGCAGAGGAGCCGGCCAAAGAAACGCUUUCCAAAAACCCAGAGGAGGAGUCAAAGCCAGCUAUUCCCCCUCGUGCGGACCGCCGCUCCCAGGGUCAUCAGAAGAACGCUUCAGAGGGCAGCAUCGCCAAAUCGAUCAAUGGACAGCCCGAUUCUCCAGCAAAUCCAUUCUUCACGUCAGAGCCAGCUUUGGCAACGGUGGACGACAAGGCCACAUCCACCCAUGAAGAAGACAAACCACCGAUCCCCGCCAAGAACAUGGAAAGUCGUCGUCGCCGUUGGACCAACAUCGUGGAGACAGAGCCUGAGCUGUCCAGCGCAGAAGAGGCCGACGACGAAGAGGAUGAGAACGACGGUCUGGCUACUUUUGAUUUCCUCGGAUCUCCAUCCCCCAUGACUCAAAUGUCCGAGUUUCCCAUGCCGCCCCCGAAGCACCCGAAGCGAAACACACCUCCGCCCUGCGCGGAGCUCCCCAAUAUCCCACCAGGCAAGAAGCGCAAAAAUAUCACGCCGACGCUCAAAGCGGAGGAAGACGACGAGUUUUAUUACCUCAAGAGCACGCCUUACACACUGACCGUAUCAAGUUUCCGCCAUGGUCCCAUUGCCUUUGCCAAGAGUGACCUCGGUCGCGGUGCCAAGACCAUGGACGAGACGCUCGAUUGGACAGCCUUCCAGAUGGCCAUCCUCGGCGCGGGUGAAAUCCUCCCGGACCUGUAUGAUGAGGGCGACGCCAGGUAUGCGGAUGACCUCCGGGAUUGGUUUGCCGAUUUCGGCUUUGAGACACACGGGCAGCUGGUCCCAGGAGCGUGCCCUCCCAGCCCGCCAUCGUCAAGCCGCAGCUCAAUCUCCUCUGUCGAGGGUGAUCUGCCCGAGGCCGACUACGAUACCACAAAGUUCUUCCGGGGGAAGGGCCUCAAGCGGUGGACCAUGGAAGGCAAGCCCAAAGACGGCAGUGUCUCGACUGGUGCCACGCACAAGCGCAACGACAGCAGUUCACCAGUGACUCUGGUAGUCGAUGAAGACGACAAGGUGGCCGCGAAGCAGCACGAGGAAGAGGCCGUCAAGAAGGGCGGCCUAUCGUACAACCUGCAGCACGACUUGGGCGAUUUCCUCAAGUGGGAGGCCCAGCACAUGGGUGGAUUCUACGGCGCUCACUGA